AUGCUUGAAUGGAUUCGUAUGGAGGCCUCUGAACUUGGAUUUGGUGUGGUUAUCAGAAGGUUCGAUAAUGGUUCGGAUAGAAGAUGCACUUUUGUGACUAUGGUGUGCAAAAGAAGCGGAAAAUAUCGAACUCCUCUCCGGAAUUUUAAAAGAGACGACACAGGUAGUAGAAAAUGUAAGUAUCCGUUUAAGGUUCAUGGUUACAUGUUGGCAAACAAAAAAUGGAGAUUUAAUGUGAUAUGUGGUUUGCAUAACCAUGAUUUGUGUUUAAAAUUAGCUGGUCAUCCUAGUGUCUAUCGGAUAAAGCCGGAAGAGAAGGAAUGUAUUAAUGACAUGACCUUGAAUCUUGUUCAACCGAAAAAUAUUCUUGCAACAUUGAAAUGGAAGCAACUCGAUAAUAUAUCAAAUAUCAAGCAAGUGUAUAACAUUCGGCACCUCACUAACAAUGUGAUUAUGGGGGAUAGAACUGAGAUGCAACAACUCUUGAAACUGUUGGAUGAUAGCAGUUACGUAUCCCGGUACCGAACAUGCGAUGAUAUAGUUACGAUUAGAGAUAUUUUUUGGACUCAUACUGAUUCCAUAAAGUUGUUUAAUAUGUUUCCUACUGUACUUGUUUCAACAUACAAGCCCAACAAGUAUAAACUUAUAUUAUUUGAGAUGGUUGGUGUUACCUCAAUUGAGAAGACAUGUUCUGUUGGUUUUGUAUUUCUUGAGUGUGAAAAAGAGAACAAUUUUACUUGGAUAUUAGAGGUGUACGAACUUCACUAUUAG